AUGGGUUUAGCGAUGGAGGAGAAAAAAGACGCUGCCUGUAGCAAAAUGGCCGAGCUGGGUUUUGAGAGAAGCCUGGUGCUCGAUGUGCUUGGGAGGCUGCUGCGAGUGAGAUCCUUCUUUUUUGGAUUCUUUUCGCGGUCAUCGGUGGAUUUCCAGGUCUACGAGGGGAGCUGGACUCACAUUGAGGAGAACAACUUCGAAGUUCUUGUGAUGGAGCUUGUGGAUGAUGGAGGCAAUGCAGUUGUGGAAACUGCUGGUCCGAGCUCGUCUCCCAGCGUCAAGAGGAAAGGCCUUGACGAGUUUCUCAUUCCGUUGGGAAGGAAUAACGAAGCGUUGGAGAAGAGUAACAAGCACGUUUCAGCAUGCGUGAAAAAAUUGCGCCUGCAAUGCGAAGCGGACAAGAAAAACUCGCCGAGAUCGGCCGAGCCGAAAAGCUCCGGCAAGUUGGUAAAAACAGUCUCCUCCAGCAAGAAUACACCAGCAGCCGCGAGAAACUUGACAUUGGGAGUUCCUAGCGUCCCGCAAGCUUUGGAAGUAAUCAACACGGGAGAAAGCUCGGUCCGAUAUAAAAAGAAGCAAAGGCACGAUCCGAACGACAUCGCGAAGGGCGCGGAGUCCGUCCCGAUACCGUUCGUGCGAGCUCCAGGCGGCGACGAGAGUUUGCCGGAGGACUUCACCUACACCGCCGUGGCCGUCGCGUACGAGAAGGCCAAAAUCGAAAUCCGGCUGUGCAAGAUCGAGCAGGACAACUGCUGCACGGCUUGCUUCGGGAACUGCCUCAAGAAGAAGUGGCCGUGCCACUGCGCGCGAGAGACCGGCGGCGAGUUUGCGUACAACGAGGAUGGCUGCGUCAAAAAGGAGCUUUUGAGGCAGGCCGUCCGGGAGACCCAGGGUGACGAGGCGUGCCGGAGAGUUACGUGCGAGAAAGAGUGUCCCAUGGAGGUGGCGCGGGGCUCGACCGAGAAAUGCCGAGGACACAUCGUUCGCCGGUUCAUCAAGGAGUGCUGGGUCAAGUGUACGUGCCACAAGAAGCUCUGUGGGAAUCGAAUCGUUCAGCAAGGAGUGAGAUACAAGCUCGAGGUGUUUUGGACUCCAACUGGAAAAGGAUGGGGAGUGAGGACCACGGAAGAUCUUCCCAUGGGAGCGUUCGUCUGCGAGUAUAUUGGGGAGAUACUCACGAACACGGAGCUGGACGAAAGGAACGAGGAGCGUUUUCUCAAGCAAUCCAGGCAUUUCUAUCCAAUCUAUCUCGAUUCCGACGUUUGCACCGAGCGGAUUCUGGAAGACGACCACCUCUUGUGCCUCGACUGCACACACUAUGGAAACGUUGCCAGGUUUAUCAAUCACAGGUGUGGAGAUGCCAAUCUCAUCGACAUUCCUGUCGAAAUCGAGUGUCCCGAUCGACACUUCUACCACAUUGCGCUCUUCACCAAGCACGCUGUGAGUGCCAUGGAAGAACUUACAUGGGACUAUCAGCUCGACUUUGCGGACGAAAACCACCCCAUCAAAGCUUUCAGGUGCAAGUGUGGCAGUCGAGAAUGUAAAGACACUAGGGAGUAGAAUAUUCUUGCCCAAUAAGAGAGUGCUGACGUGGCGGGCGCCGGCGCCACUAGGCUCUAGUGGCUCGCGCCCGCCAUUGAAUCAGCGUGCUUUUUGGAGCUAGUCAAACGCUUUUUUAAAGGGCCGUUGAUCCUUCCACGGAAUUUCAUCCACGGUCGGAAGCUUCGACCUCUUUGAAUCGCCA